GAAACCUGUCCCUAAAAUCUAGAACGAUGACGGUUCGGGACUAUAUCCGCAAGUUUUUACUGAUGAACUGGAAGAACCACAAGCUGCAGCUGGCCAGUCCGUUUGAGCUGAUUCUCAUGGUGGCAUUGCCCCCAUUGUUCACCCUUUUGGCGGUGAUGAUGCGAUUCUUUAUACCGGUGGAUCACCGAUCCGACAAGGUGUACGAACCGAUCGAUUUGGACCGCAGCUGGGAGCAAAUGGUGGAGAAGUUGCAGAUGGCGCGACGAUUCGCCGAUCAGUUCAAUGUGAAGGGAAAUCCGUUUACACCGCAUCUGAUUAUCGGCUGGGCACCGAAUCGCUUCAAUGUCUUUCAGACAAUGAUGCAAAGGGUGCAGGAGGAAAUCGAUCCGAUGACCACGAUGAGUUUCGAUGAUUGCGAGAAGCUGCGAGUGGCGAUGGUCGAGGAGAAUCUGUUUGCGGGCCUCUGUUUCGGUGAGCAUCCGUUCAAGGAGGACUAUCCAUUCGAGGAGGGCACCAUGGUGUCCGAGGACAGUCUCCAGCCGAUGCUCAACUAUACGAUCAUCCUGCCCAGCGAGUUGAGACUGCUGGACGGUGACUUCCUGAUGGCCAACUGGAUGACACUGUACAAGGAGGAUCCGCACACCUUCGUCCUUAUACGGCUCAAUCAGCCGUACGAGGGCGGAUUCGUGGGCUAUGUUCGAGAGGGUUUCAUUCGGCUCCAGAAGACGGUCAGCGAAUCCUUUUUAUCCCUGACCAGCCACAAGUCCCUGCCAAUUAUCCAUUUGAGACGCUUCCCCGUCACCGGACGCAAUCAGGAUCCCCUGAUGUUCAAUCUCGACUACGGCAUGUCCUUCAUGGUCGUCAUCGGAUUCCUUUUUCCCAUCCAGCUAUUCGUUUGGCAGAUGGUAAAUGAGAAGCAGACGCAGGUUCGCCAGUUUCUGAUCAAUAUGAACAUUAGCAAUCUUAUACACUUUGCUUGCUGGUAUAUUAAGGGUAUGGUCUACAUGAUGCUAAGCUCGCUACUUAUCGCAAUGCUUCUAAAGACACGCUGGGACCAGGAUCACGGAGUGCUGACCCAGACACCCUGGUACAUACUGAUUUUAGUGCUGUUCUGCUACAACUCCGCCUCAAUUUCCUUUGCGAUCCUGAUUGCGUCGUUUUUCCGGAACGCCCUAAACGCGGUUCGUGUGACGACGAUUAUGUGGAUGGUGUCCUAUGUGCCCACGCUGAUGCUGUGGAAUAACCCGGAGCGGAAUAUUCUGCCCCUGCGAUACGUUUGCUAUGUACUGCCAAAUGUGGUGCUGACUCUGGUAUUCGAGUGUCUGAUUGAGCGCGAAUCCAUAUUUAAUGUUUCCUGGGCCGAUUCUGGCUAUAAUCUGAACUAUCAUGGCGGUCCCAUAACAGUGUCCUCGAGCACCUGGAUCUUCAUGCUGAUCUCGUUGGUCGACUGUGCCAUUGGAUUGUAUGUGGACACGUGGCGCGGCAUCGACCGAUCAGGAAAGAGAAUGAAGAAACCCAAUCCGGUUGCCAGUGUCCAUGAGGAUCCCUAUCAGGAUCGGGCGGAUAGUUUUACACAUCAGGGUCAGGCUGUUGGUGUUAAUUCCACGAAAAUCUAUGAAGUGGAACCCUCACAUCGGCGCUUUAAACUGAAGAUCAAGAAGCUUUGCAAACGUUUUGGGACCAACGAUCGGCCGGCAUUGAAUCUUUUUUCGUGGAAUGUGUACGAGAACGAGGUCACCGUUUUGAUGGGUCACAAUGGCUGCGGCAAGAGUACACUGCUGAAAAUCUUAGCUGGUUUGAUAGAGCCCAAUCGAGGCACCGUAAUGAUCUCAACCUUUAAUAUACAGACCGAAAGGAAGGCGGCCUCCAUGGAAUUGGGCAUCGCAUUCGGGCCCGAAAUGUUCUUGACCGGAUUCACCGUCCUCGAUUAUUUGCGAUUUAUUUGCCGGGUUAAGGGGCUGCAUAAUUCCAUCGAGGUCGAUGGACAGGCCAACUAUUUUCUCAAUAUCCUGCAAAUAGAAAAUGUGAAAGACAAACGAAUCCGCAAUCUCACCGGACGCGACUUGUGCUUGUUGAGCAUUUGUUGUGCCUUCGUGGGCAAUAGUCCCAUAAUCCUCAUAGACGACAUACACUCCGAUCUGGACAAGCAGUCACAGUCGCUGGUCUGGAAUCUGAUCAACGAGGAGAAGUCGAAGCGCACCAUUAUCCUGGUCUCCAAUUCGCCGGCGCUGGCCGAAAGUAUUGCCGAUCGGAUGGCCAUCAUGUCGAAUGGAGAACUCAAGUGCACCGGCACGAAGCCCUUUUUGAAAAAUAUGUACGGACAUGGCUAUCGAUUGACCUGCGUGAAGGGGCAGAACUGCAAUAUUGAUGAGCUGUUUGGCAUGAUGAAUAGCUACAUGCCCAACAUGAGUGUCGAGCGGGACAUUGGAUACAAGGUCACAUUCGUGCUGGAGAACAAGUACGAGGAUCAGUUCCCGAUGCUGAUCGACGAUCUGGAGCAGAACAUGCAGCGAUUGGGAGUGGUCAGUUUCCGGAUAAGGGACACCUCGAUGGAGGAGAUCUUCCUGCGAUUCGGAUGCGAGGAGAACGACAAUUUCCAGUCGAACGAGAAUGUCCAAGUUCUGCUGGAAGAGUACUAUGGCCAUUUGGCGAAGGCCAAAGAAAAGGGUCGCCGGACGGGCUGGAAAUUGGGUCUAUUACAUGCAAGGGCCAUGUUCUACAAGCGAUGGAUCGCUGGCUUCCGGCAUUGGAUCGUUGUGGUAUUCGAGAUAAUAGCCAUUGCACUGGGACUGGUAUGCACUUUUUCCAGCGUUUUCAUCUACGGCAAGAACUACGAGCUGGUGCCGCUGACCUUUAACCUCAGCCAGCUGCACACCGUCGAUGCCUUCGUGGAGCUCUUCUCCGAGGAGGAGGACGUCAAGGACAUGCAUGCCUACUACACGGAACUGCUCUAUUGGUACGAUGCCCAUGUGACGAUGUUGACGAGGAACCGCCAUAACAGAUACGCCCUGUUGCAGCACAACGAGUUCACCAAAAACGUCAACUUUCGCUAUAUCUUCGGGGCCACAUUUGACCAGAAUGUGGUCACCGCCUGGUUCAACAACAUACCACUGCACUCGGCUCCUUAUGCUUUAAAUGUCGUCCACAAUGCGGUGGCCAGGCACUUGUUUGACGAGGAGGCCACCAUCGAUGUGACCCUGCAGCCGCUGCCGUUCCAGACGAACAUCAACACCUUUCCACCGAAUAACCACAGUUUUGGUGGCGCCUUGGCCUUCAGCAUUUGCUUCGUACUGACCUUCAUAUGGCCGGCAUUUGCGAUCUAUAUGAUUAACGAACGCGGCAGUUUGAUGAAAAAGCAGCAGUUUUUGGCAGGAGCUAGAUUUUGCAGCUACUGGGCGUUCACGGCGCUAUAUGAUGUCUUCUUCCUGCUCAUCUACUGCCUCUGCGUAGUCGGAAUGGUGGCCAUCUACAAGAGUCCCCACCACGACGUAAUGCUAUACGUCUUCCUAUUGAUCACUUUAACAAUUGCUGGACUUUGGGUGAUCCUGCUCGCCUACUUUAUAUCCAGCAUCUGCAGGAACCCGAGCUAUGGAUAUAUGUGGCUGUGCGGGAUUAACAGCAUGGGCAUUGUCGUCUUCUCACAGAUAUAUAGAACUGGCUUCGAGAAUUUGAAUCUCGAGCCGAGCUUUUUGACCAUGUAUUCGGUGGCCUUAAUAAUAUGCAAGCUUUUCAUGAUCUAUGAAUACAAGCUGAUCUGCACGGAUCCCAUAGUGAACUUCACCUCCAUCGAGAUCUUCAAGUGCAAGAGUAUCCCCAAUUGCUGCAUUAGUUCGGACUACAGUACUCCGCAUACGGGCAUCUACGAGGAACUCAGUAUAAUGACGGCACUUUGUAUUAUAUUGGGUAUUUUCCUGUUUUUCACGGAGUACUACUCGAUCGUGGGAUUUGGAUACUGCCGCGCUGCGAGGGCGGUCAUUCCGCCGGAGGAUAAUCGGGAUGAACUAUUCCCCGGCAACACCCUGAAUACAACCAUCGUCGCUGAACUCCACCGGGCCAGUAAUCUAUCGGAGAAGGAGCGCAGUGAACACGCCGCCGUCGGGAUUGGCAUUGUCACCAAGUAUCGCCGCACUACAGUGCUUAAGGGCCUGGACUUCACUGUGGCAAAGGCGGAUUGCGUGAGCAUCACUGGGUUGAACAACUCCGGCAAGACGACGCUGCUGAAGCUGCUGGUGAGCGAGGCGAAGCUGAAGAGUGGACAGAUCUGGAUCAUGGGCUACUCGGUGCAGCGCCACCGGCUGAAGUGCUACCGAAUGGUGGGCUACUGCCCGCAGCGGGACAACCUGCCGGCGGAGUUCACGCCCCGGGAGCUGCUCUACAUUCACGCCCUGCUCCAGGGACACAAGCACCGGAUGGCCCGGGCGUUGUCGGAAUCGCUGCUCCGGAUGCUGGGACUCACCAUAUGCUGGAAUCGAUCGGUCCGCAUGUGCACCUCCGGUCAGAUCCGGCGAUUGUACUUCGCCUACGCCGUAAUGGGAUCCCCGGAUCUGAUCUGUGUGGACGGGGUGCCGGCUGGUCUGGAUCCCACUGGCAAACGGAUCAUCCUGAUGAUGACCUCCACCCUGCAGGCGAUGGGCUCCAGUUUUCUGUACACCACACUGACCAGUCUGGACGCCGAGCGACUGUGCACGCGGACACCGCACCUACUGGAGGGCCAGCUUUGGAUGCUGGGAUCUGUGGAAGCCCAGAACGAGAACUACAGGAACGGUUAUCAGCUGGAGGUUCGGUUCAAGCGCAAGGUCAAUCCAAAUGUCAGCAUGUCACGAACCACCUGGAACCUCAUCAAUCACUUUCCCAUGUCGCCGAACAAGAAGUUCAGCGCCUUCAUGGAGAUCAAGUUCCCCGACGCCACGCUCAAGGCCGAAAGGGAAGACUCGAUGGUUUUUCAAAUGCCCUUGGGCACCACCACCUUUUCGGAGAUAUUUCUUACACUGCGCAAAGAUGCCUUCGAAAUGAACAUCGAGGACUAUUUCAUCACGCGCAAUAUGCGCACAGGGUUCCAGAUCUAUAGCAUUGAUCAAUAUCAGGACAAUCCAUGA